CCAUUUCUAGAACACUCACCAUAUUUAUAUAUAGGUUGAAUUGGAAAAAAAAUUAAUGUAGUUCAAAAUGGCGGGAAAAUGUCCUUACGGCCCUGUUUGCCUCGAAUAAAGCCCUAAACCUAAUUUCACCGAACCAAAUCGCUCUUCAUUUGCGUAAUUUAUUCAAUUUCACUAUGGAUAAUAGCAGUAAACUUGAUCAAUUUCACUAAUCGUUGCGUUUAAAUACCUUUCUUAUUUGUGAAGCUAGGGUUUCGUGUGCCCUAGGUUUUAUAAAUUGCAGUUUUUUAGGGUUUUAAUUUGGUUUUGAGAGCUUAGUUUUGGGUUGAAAAUGGCUGAUGCAUUUGAAGAUGAAGCUGAGAAUACUGUUUCAAUUGGAGAGUAUUUACAAGAUCUCGAAGAGCAGGAACUGGAGGCGGAUCUGGUCUUAGGUGGUGAUGAAGGCAAGGAGUGCACCUAUAGUAAAGGUUACAUGAAGAGACAGGCUAUUUUUUCUUGUUUGACAUGCACACCAGAUGGGAAUGCUGGAGUUUGCACAGCUUGUUGCCUUACUUGCCAUGAUGGUCAUGAGAUUUUGGAACUUUGGACGAAAAGAAACUUUAGGUGUGACUGUGGAAAUUCAAAGUUCGGGGAGUUCUUCUGCAAGCUUGAUGCCAGCAAAGAUGUUGAAAAUGCGGAGAAUUCAUAUAAUCACAAUUUCAAAGGUUCAUACUGCACAUGUGGCCGGCCAUAUCCUGAUCCUGAUGUUGAAGACCAAUUGGAGAAUCUCCAAUGUUGCAUCUGUGAGGACUGGUUUCAUGAGGAGCAUCUUGGUCUUGAGUCCUCUGAUAUGAUUCCAAGGGAUGAAAAAGGGGAGCCUCAGUUUGAGGAUUUAAUCUGCCAGGGGUGCGCAGCGGUUUGUUCUUUUUUAAAGCUAUAUCCUCAUUCUAUCUUUGCACCAGUCCAGCAGCACACUGCUACAGGUUCUUUGAAGGACAAGGAGGUGGUUGAAGAUGCACCGUUGGUGGUGGGAUCUUCAGAGAAGCUUAACAAUGGAAGUUCCUCAAUUGAGACUCCUGUAACUGAUAAUAGUCCUAAAGAAGACUGCAACGGAAAGGCUGUUCUUCUUGGAGAAAACGCCGCAACAAACUCAGUCCUUAAUCAGUGUAACCAAGUUGCUGGUCCUAGUACCAAAUGUGUUGUUGGACUGAAUUUGUUAGAAGCUCCAAUUGGCCUUGAGAAAAGCAAGACAAUGUUCCUUUCCAAAGAUUGGAGAGAAGCCCUCUGUAGGUGUCCAAAUUGCACAGAAUUCUACAAACAGAAAGGGCUUACGUUCUUACUUGACAAAGAGGAUACAAUUGCAGAAUAUGAGAAAUUGGCAAAGCAGAAGAGAGCUCAACAUGAGCAAGAACAGAGUGCUGAUCAGUUGCUUAAUAACCUGGGCCAUGUCGAGAAAAUGGAGGUUUUGACUGGUAUCGCUGACCUUAAAGAUGAGCUUGGUACCUACUUGGCAUCCUUUGAUUCAUCAAAGCCAGUUACAUCUGCUGAUGUUCAUAAGAUUUUUGAGAAUCUUGCCCAGAAGCGAAGGCGUAUGACUUGAGUUAUCUCGAAUGUUCAAGGAAGUAGCUUUGCAGCUACACAUCUAGUGUAGUUAGUUUUGCUGCUCUAUGUACAAGGGGAAUUGUUAACGUUGCUAUAUGACUAUUUAACUUUAGCUUGUCGUGUUGUGUUAGCUAUAAUGAGACAAUGCGAUCAUGUUACUGUUAAGCUUAAAAACUCCUUUGGGUUAGAAAGUAUCCAUUAGAUCAAGACUUCUCGUUCCUUUUA